CGGUUUAACGAUGUGUACUUUACACUUACAACAUUAGAGAAGAAAUCCAAAAUAUUCAAUAAAUCUCCAGAAAAGGCCACUGCUAUUCAGAGAUGAAGUACGACAAUUAGAAAAUGGACGUUUAAAUCCAGUCAUUGGUGCUUUUUCUGACGAUAGGCCCGCCCCGUGGUCCCUGGACGUCACUGUUCGUUCUCGCCACGGAGGUGGGUGGGGCCCCGACUUUAUCAAUGAAUUUUUUUUCUCUGAUUUUAACAUCAAAAGUUGCGUACUCCGGACCUUCCCGACAUUUCACCUUUGAUGAUGCGACAUCAAAAACUUGGUCCAGACAUCGCAGGGCAUCGUAGCGACGUACCACGUGACUAGUGUCAGAGCAUACAGAGGGCCAUAGUUGGUACCACCGGGAAAAGGAAUGGUGGUGUUCACUUCACUGAUCCCACCGGGAAUUAUAAUGACAGUGGUGACGGUAGGGUGGGGCCUGCAGUGCCCCCCGUGUGAACGAAUACACUGUAGCCCCCGAGAGGCCUCACAGUUAACUUGUCCAGGUGGAGUCACCACCGGUAUCUGUGGCUGCUGCCCCACCUGUGCCAAAGUAGUGGGGGAGAGAUGCGGGGGAGACUUUAACUAUCUCGGUAAAUGUGAUAAAGACCUGUACUGUCAGAUUCAAAACCCCCAGAAAUACACGGAUCGGCAGCCGGAGGGGCAGUGUGUAACGGUUCCCUUCCAUAUACAAGAUUCGCCGAGACCUGCUCCAAAAUGUCGACCCAUGUGCUCGCCCAAGUUUUGUCGCCAACACCCACGGGCAGUCUGUAGUGCUAUUAAAGUAGCCGAGGUAUCGCGAAGUUGCCAAAGUCCAUGUCAGCAUACGUCAUGUCAAGCCUGUAGGUUCGAGUCGGAACCCAAAUGUAAGGCAUGCCAGAAAGACGACUUCCGGUGUCUAAAAAGAUACGGGAAGUGUGUAAAACGACAAUACUGCACAAAGAGGAAGUAUCCUUGUAAACCGCAAUACAGUAGAAAACAGGAAGGGCGCUUUCAGUGUGAUGUACCAAGAUGUUCUUAACAAAUCAGUGACUUCACUGAAGAAAAAUCGCCUGCAUUGUCCGAAGUUUGGGCACUGGACAACUUUUUUCAUUUGAAUGUGUUAAUGCAUUUCUACAUUUUUUUAUCCACCACAGUAAAAACAAAGAGUGAAUGAAUAGGAGGGUUGUUCGGAAAUUAUUGAGACAUUUACUCUUAUUUCCUUGGGGAAAAAGUUAAAUCCUUGAAAUUUCACCAAAACGUACACCAGGAUAGGGUUUAUCAAUGUAAAAAAAUUAUUGUCCAUAGCAUGAUUGGAUCAUUCCUGGUUAGCUGACCAAAUUGCCAUCGCCCAGUGACCCGGCGCAACCGCAAACCUACCGCAACGUCAUUUUGACGCUUCUUAUUGAUCCUAUAUUUUAAAAACCUAACAAACGAAGGAAAAUUAGAGUUAAUUCUUGAUUUCUCAUCUUUUGUUUACAUUUCAAGAUGUCAACAUUCGCAUAUUCCCUCCAUUCUUGAUUUUGUGGAAAAAAAUCAGGUCAUUUCUAACUGAAAGUCAAAUUACUGUGAAAUGUCUCCUACAGUGAUUCUGUGUACAUAUUUUAGAACUGUUUACAUCAGUUAGUGUGUAAAAAGUACUUGAUAUUUAGUCACUUUGUCUGAAUUCUAGCUAAACAAUUAGUGAAAAAAGACGAUAAACUGAAGUUCUUUAUCCCUUGCCAUCGUAUAGUUUUUGUUAAAGCGGUUGGGUGGUAUUAAAAGGUCUUUUUCCGAAAUUUCCAUCAAUUUGGUGUAUUUUCGCUGCGCCGCCUUGACGUCAAAUUUCUAUAUACUGUCGUUUUCAUAUUCCUAUUGCUUGGUAAAUAUAUCUGUACCAUAUCCGUAUUACAACUCAAACACUCGUGAAACUUGAUCAAAAGUUAGUCACAAUAAAUAGCAAAAUGAACAUAUAUAAUCUGAUUUCUUUUAGUAUAAGAUGUAAGUUUGCGGACACUUAGAUAGACGAUGUUUUAGUUUUCUUAUUCUCCGAGUUUAUGCUUGCGCCGGGUACCCCAACCACCGAUUUGUUAAUCUACCGUUGUAAACAAAAUAUUAAACAUUUUUUAAAUAUUACUUUUUUUAAUUAUUUGUUAAGGUUUCUUCAAUGUUGAUGCCAACUUUCACCAUAAUUCGUCACUUAGAAAUGGAAAUAUCCGUGUUGUCUCAAUAAUUUCCGAACAACCCUCGUAUAUGUCAUUGUCUAAGGUAGAUGUGACACGUGACCGCGGGUCGUCAGAGGCAGGAUGACCUAGUUUAUGUGGAUGGUCGGCUGGACCGAAGAAAUAAAUCCAGAUAUAUCCAGUUAUUUGUUUCAAUAAAUAUUUUGUUCGUUUUUCUA